AUGUGCACUGAUGUGGAGCCCGUGCUGCUAAUCCAGCGCUGUGUCUGUCCGGCUCUUCCCAAAGGUGUUCAGGUUGAUCUGAGAGCGGAUGUGGGCUGUGGAGGUUUGGUGCUCCAGCAAAGCCCUCGGCAGGCUGUGCAGGUCGCAGUGGCAGUCAUCAUACUUGAGGCUGAUCCGAGUCAGUUCUCUUUCACUCAUAAGUCGGCGCCUAAGUUGGAGAAGCACAAGUAUUUUGUGGAAUACCCUCAUGAGUACCACUUUGUUAUAAAUGAGCCAGAGAAAUGCAAGCAGCAGAAGCCUUUCCUGGUCCUAAUGGUUCCAGUGGCUCCCCAGAACAGGGGGCAUCGCAAUAACAUUCGCAGCACGUGGGGCAAUGAGAGUACCGUCCUGGGCAAAGUGGUGAAACUGUUCUUCUUGUUGGGGCUGCCCACUGGAAAGGGAGCAGAGCAGGUUCAACAGCAGGUGCUGCAGGAGAGCAGAGAGCAUCAAGACCUCAUCCAGAGCGAUUUUGUGGAUUGUUACAAAAACCUUACCAUCAAGACCAUGAUGAUAUUGGAGUGGCUGGACUCUUAUUGCUCCAGUGCCUCCUAUGCCAUGAAGAUUGACUCAGACACAUUCCUGAAUUUAGACAACUUGAUCAACAUGCUGUUAAAUGCUCCAAAAAUCAAUUACAUGACUGGGAUGGUGGAGUGUAAUGCUGUGGUUUCAAGAGACCCAAGCUCUAAGUGGUACCUGCCUGUGGAGGUUUUCCCUGAGCCAAAAUACCCAUGUUAUUCUAUAGGAAUGGGCUACAUCUUGUCUUUAGACCUCCCCAGGAAGGUUGUGCACAGUUCUAAACAUAACAAAGCUCUCUACAUUGAAGAUGUUUAUUUGGGAAUGUGUAUGAAAUACCUGGGUAUCCUGCCAACUCACCCCCCAGACCUGAAUUGUUUUCAUUACAUACCUGUGCUUUACGAUCGCUGUGCUUACUCCAAGUUAAUUAUUACGACUACUUAUGAACACACCGAUCAUGUAUGGGUUUGGAAGGACUUUAAAAGAUCCGGCCCCUUCUGUAUUGACGAGACACAAUAAAGGACAUUAUGCU